UCCGAGCCAGGAUGCCAUUGGCCUUCUCGGCCCCCUGGGCCGCUGCUGCUCACGUUCAGCCGCUGUCAAUCCCCACCCGCAGGUCCUUCUCCUCCGGGCAGCUUUCCGGCCGCUCUUCUCCUGCUCUGGAGCCGCACGGGGCGGUCGUGCCCCGAGGCAGCACCCGGCACUGACCCUGUUACACCUCACUCCUCCGGCCUCAGCCCAGCGGAGCAGCCUGUUCAGACCCCACACCCUCCCCGGCAGCCGCACGGGAGCACAUCCAGGUUCGUUUAUGAGAUAUCAAGCAUCCGUCUGCAUGCAGAGGUCUUUUCACAGAGGAUAUUCAGCACUGAGAAUAGGAGAUUGUGCAUAAAUGGAACACCAUGGAUUUGGCAUCUCCUGGAAGAAUGUGUCGAGAAUGCGUGGGAGUAUUGGAGCGUUGUCAUAGGACUGAUUUCCAUUGUCUGUUUUCUGUUUGCUGCACUACCUCAAAUUUAUGUUGCCUGUCGGAGUGGAAGAGUGGAUCAAGCGCUGUCUUUGUGCUUUCUGCUGUGUUGGAUAGCUGGAGAUCUUACAAAUUUCGUGGGCUGCUUUUUAACAAAUCAACUGCCAAUUCAGAUUGUCACUGCCAUUUUUUAUGUUAACAUGGAUAUAAUAAUGAUUUCACAAUUUGUCUACUAUAAGCUCAAGAAUCAGAAGAUGACAAAACGCAGCAAAAGCCUGAAGAAUUUCUGUAUAACCUGGAUAGUGGUGUGUAUAGCACUGUGCGUUAUUCUGCCCUGUCAGCUGUUACUAAGAAACCAACACCAGAGUACAGUAAUCGAAAGAAGUAAUAAUUCUCUUGAUAUGAUUGAAACGUCAGGCUUCAUUUGUGGCUAUAUAUCCUGUGUGUUUUACUUGGGAAGUAGAUUUCCUCAGCUGUAUAAAAAUUUCCGAAGAAGAUCAACAGAAGGCACCUCUUACCUGCUGUUUGCAUUAGCCAUGAUGGGAAACUGUACGUAUGGACUGAGCAUUGUUUUAAAGAUGCCAGCUACCGAAUAUUUCCGGACCCUCUACUUUUUACACCAUCUUCCAUGGCUCAUUGGGAGCUUUGGAGUUUUAUUUUUAGACAUUUUUGUGACUGUGCAAUUCAUCCUGUAUCGUCAGCAGAAGGAAAGACAAUCUGAUUUAGUAGCACUGGAAGUAGAACCGUUGCUGGUGAACGAGGAGACUGCCUAGUGUCGGGCUGGAUCCGGCUCCUGUUUUCAUUGGACUUUACUCUUGGAUGACUUUAACAAACACUUAAGACUGCAGUUGCUUAGGGACCGAAGUUAUUACUUACUUUUCAUUAUUUACUUUGUCAUUAAUUUGUCGUUACUUUCUUGCAAGUGACGUGCCAAUAAUAAAAUAUUUAAUAUUUACUGUUGUUUCAGGAUAGAUACAAUUUCUUUUCCUGUGUUUUAUCCUACUUUCGCUGUUUCUCCCUGAAGCCUGAUAUAGAGUCACAGCAAUAGGUUCUGUGGAAAUAUUUGUUUGGUGUGUCAUGGGAGGACUGUUUAUUUUCAGAUCAACGUAUCCAUCUAGUUAGGAGUAGCGUGGCUGAUUUAAAGACAGUGGAUGAGAUUCCCCGUGGGCUUGAACCCACCCUGCAGUUACAGACUGCUCAGCCCAGUUGCACUGCGUGUAAGAUUUGCCCUUUUCUAUUCAUACUCAGGUUUAUACGCAUCAGAAAAAAAAAACCAUCCUCUAAUUAAUCAGCUUCAGGGCAGAGGAUCCAUUAUUGACGCAAAAGCGGAAUCUUGGUGUGAGUUGGUGUGAGGCUCAUGUACAGAUGCAUUUUAUAUUUAAGAAUUAGAGCAUUUAUACACCAGUACCUGUGUCCCCCAAGGAAUAUAAUUAUUCUAUGUCAUCUUAAACCCCAUGGAAUGUUUUUGUAUAGCACACAUGUUCAUUGCAAGUGUCUGGUUUAAUUAAAUACCACAGGGGAAAAAAAAA